GCUUAUAAGAGGUUCAAAAUUGAGAAUGGGUUCAUGUCGAAGAAAACUGAGCCAGAUAAGUAUUUGGGAGACGGUGUUGAGGAUGAUAAUGAUGAUUUUGACUUACUUGGAUGGUGGAAGUUGAAUGCUCCAAGGUUUCCUGUCUUGGCAGCAAUGGCUAGAGAUGUUCUAGCUUUUCCAAUUUCAACUGUUGCUUCUGAGUCGACUUUUAGCAUGGGAGGGAGAGUUCUUGAUGCUUUUAGAUCAUCUCUAACACCAAGAAUGACACAAGCCCUUAUUUGUGCCCAAGAUUGGUUGCGGAGUAAGUUGAGAAUAGUUUCAGAAGAGGAAGACUUGGAUCUGUUGGAUGGUCUCGAGAAAGAAUUUGCCAAAGUGCACAUGGAUUUUGCCAUUCUAGAAUGAAUGGCUUGAAGGUUUAGUGUUUGGUGUUAUGGUAGUAGGUAAAGUAAUCCCACUCAUUUUUAACUAACUUCAUCAUGCUGGAAUUAACUAGGCGCUGGUAGCAUAUUAUAUUUUUUUCUUAUGCUGGAUUGUUUGUUUUCUUAAUUGUUGUAUUGAUUUUUUCUUAAUUGUUGGAUUGUUCUAUUCUAAUAUUUAUAUGGAUUGAUUGUUUCUUAAUUACUAGAUUGUAUUUUUCUUAGUUGCUGGAUUAUAUUUUUCUUAAUUGUUGGAUUGUAUUUUGCUGGGUUGUAUUUUCCUUCAUUGCUGGAUUGUAUUUUGUUGGAUUGUAUUUUUCUUACUUGUUGGAUUGUGGAUUGUAUUUUUCUUCAUUGCUAGAUUGUAUUUUACUGGAUUGUAUUUUUCUUAAUUGUUGGAUUUUUUUUAUUAUUAUUGCUGAAUUGCUUUUUUCUUAGUUGCUAGAUUGAUUUUUUCUUAAUUACUGAACUAUUUUAUUCUUAUAAUUGCUGGAUUUUUUUUCUUAAUUGCUGGAGUGGUUUUUUCUUAAUUGCUGUAUUGUUUUAUUCUUAUAAUUGUUGGAUUGCUAGAUUCAUAUAGGCAACAUAUUAAUUUUUUCUUAUAAUUGUUGAUUACUUUUUUUUUUACAAUUGUUGGAUUCAUGUCUUUGCUUAUGUUAACCUCAUAAUUUGUUUUCUUCUUUGUCCAUCAAAUAGAUUCUUGUAUAUAUAUGGUGGAGGUGUUUUGGGGAUCUUUUUGUUCAUAUUAGUAUAUCACACCCAUAUUGCAGCUGUAAAGAAUCAACGCAAUAAAGCUUAUUGACUUUU